UUAUUAAAGAACGUAUGAGACUCGAUAUCAAGUGUAACAGGAGGUGGGUGUGCAAUUUUCAUAAAAGACAUGGCAUUGUUUCUCGAGCGAGGAACUCUGGGGAAUCUUCAGAUUCAGAAACGAAAAACAUUAACAAAGACCAAGUUAUGCCAGAACAGUCUAUAAAAGUUGAGAAUUUGCCUUCACCCUCAGCUUCACCUCCGAUUGGUUCUACGUAUUCCAAAAUUUUGGAAGGAUCUAUAAAAUUUGAGAAUUUCUGUUCAGAAUCAUGUUCGUCUCCAACCGAUGUUUAUUGCAAUUACAUUUGGGAAGAAUAUGAUAUAAAAUCUGAAGGUGAUUCCCCAUCACCUGAAGAUGAUAGAUCUUCAGAUGAUAAAUAAAGACUCAUUGUCACUGAAGUAACAGCAAAAUAUAUGUUUCUUCGACUACUUUGUUAAUCAACAAAGAAUAAUUCAUGAUGAUGUAACAAUUUUAUAUUGUAUAGUUUUGUAUACCAUAUUUAAGCUAUUUUACAUUAAAGACAUUAAGAAAUAAUAAAAA